AUGCUCGCUCAAAAGGUCGAGCGACUAUCGUUCAGAGUCGAGUGGUACGACAGCGUCCAAGAGCGGUCGUACGAGCUCGUGCUCCGGGCGUACGCCGACGGUGACGUCGAGUUGAUCGAUGAGGGUAAAAAGAGAACGUUCUUACGAAAGUGCGAGCCCGAUCGAAUGAUUAAGCGCGAGGAUUUAUACCUCGGGAACGUGCUCACGGUGUACGCGAGACGGUUGACCAUCAAGGAGUACGCGGACGACGUCACUAGAAUCGCGGUGCACGAGCGGAGCGAAGAGGCGUGCGUGAUCGUCGAGAACGAUGAUAUCAACCGCGUCGGGCGGGUGAUCGCGUCGAUGCAGGCGAGCGGGAUGACAGUGGCGGAUGUGCGGACGGCAAAGUUUGACGGAAUGCGCGCCGAGGAACUGGAGACGGCGCUGCCGAGACGAGGACGGGCGCUCGCGCUCGGGUCGGGUUUCUGCGCGAUCAAGGUGAUGGGAAGAGACGCAAACACGGUGUUGGAACGGAUGUUCGGCGACGGCGUAGUUCGAUCGACGGGUGAGGAGCACGCGCGUGCGCUGAGCGAGUUGGUGGCGACAAGCUCGAGCCAGCGCGUCGCAAGCUCGACGAACUCGUCCCUGGUCGUCAUCAAGCCGAGCGGAAUGGCGCACUUGGGGGAAAUCAUAGACGUGUUGAUCGAGAAGCGCGGAUUCGAUCUCGUCCAGGUGCGCACAGCGAUGCUCACGCGAGCCGAGGCAGAGUCAUUUUACGCCGUGUACGUCGACGUCUUACCAAAGGAGGACGUGAAAAUGAUGGUUGACGAGCUCUCUGGCGGCGCGUGCGUGGCGUUACAGGUCACGCGAGUUGAGUCUCCGGAAACGCUCGUGGACGACGUCAGAGAGAUCGUCGGACCGAGAGAUCCGGAGGUCGCCAGAGCGCUUCGCCCAGAUUCGCUCCGCGCCCGCUUUGGUGUCGAUAAGAGCCAAAACGCCGUGCACUGCGUCGAUCUCCCCGAGGAUGGUCCUCUCGAAGUUGAUUUCUUUUUCAAUCUCAAACGUCGGACCGCGAUCGCGUAG